AAGGCAGAACAGAACACAACGACAACGACAGCUGGUCUGCCGCUCUCUCUCCAUUCUAUCUACGAUACCAAGCAAAUCAAAAGAACCACCACCAAACAACAACAACAACCAUGAAAUUCUACGCCCUCGCCACCCUCCUAACUUUCUCUCUCACAUCCGCCAUCCCAACAAACAACGAACCCAACAACAACAAGCCCCACAUCCGCCGCUCCCUCACCGGCGUAGCCUUCAAACCUCUGAACCAAGAAUUCUACCCCGUCCGCAACAACCCACCUUCCGCCAACCCACCUUACGCCGCCAUCCCAACAGGCACCGCUCCCUCAAUCCCCUACCCCACAGGAACAUCCUCCCCGUUCCCAAUCCCCACAGGCUCACUUCCAUGCACAACCUCCAACUCCAUCGUCUGCGCAGGCCCCAAACUCUUCGGCCUCUGCUCCAACGGAGCCGUGAGUUUCCGCCCUGUGGCACCAGGAACAGCAUGUCUGAGUGGAAAAAUCGUCUCAGAGAGGGAGAUUUAUGCGAUUGUUGAUGAUGAGGAUGAUGAAGAUCGGGAGGAUGGCUGGUCAUGGUGGAAGAGGAUUUGAGUUCCCCAGGAGAUCGAAGAAAGAUUCAGUCGAGGACAUGAUGUGGUAUCACGAUAUUACGAUGGAAAAUGAAAGGAAGAGAAUGGCGUUUCUGCUUCCCCGGAGAGGUUUCCUUUGGCAUGAAAUGAUAUAAAGUCAUAGAAAGCUUUUCCGAAAGGCACCACCACGCUCAACAAGUUCAAUGAGCAGUAUAGAAGAACAAGAUAGAGCUUUGA